UCCUUCAGUAACAUGAUGAUAGUAAUACAUACAUUACUGAAAGAACAAAUGCUGUAAGAUUAACAGCAGCAUCUUUAACACCAAUGGAAGAGUUUCCAAAUUACAUGGCAUUCAAUCCAGAAAAUCACCAGCUCUGUCACAGCACGACACUGCAGUGUGGGAGAAAAAACUAUCCACUGUGCCGUCGUUGGGGGCGAUGGCUCGGCUGCGACCUCGCCGCCGGCCACCGCUUGGUCCCAAGAACAAUGCAGCGUUUGUUCCUUCUUCCUUCUUGGCGGCGGCGUCCUAGCUCUGCACCGCCGUUAAGCAACAGCCGUUCCGGAUUCCAUGGACAGAUCAGAUCAAAUUCGUUAUUAUCUCCAUCUCAAGAAAAAAAAAUCUUGAGAGCUAUAUAUAUAUCGCAUCGCUCUUGCAGUACAUUUUUCCAUCCGUUUGCAAUGGCGAGAAUACUCCUAGCGUUCGCCGGCGACGCCGCGUCGGCGGCGAUGGCGACGGCGACCGGCCUCGGGCGGCCGUGGUUCAUGGCGUUGUGCAUGGUGGUGGUUUGCUCGUUGACCGUCUCGUUCGCCGUCUUCCUCUGCGGCCACAGCUCCGGCGUCCACGACGGCGAUCUCCUCAGGAAGAAGAAGCCUAUGAAACCACCGCCGCCUUCAUCCAAGAAGAAGAAGGUGUCCACGUCGAUGUCCGGCACGGUGGUCGACACGACGGGCAUGUAUACGGCGGCGUACGGCGUCGCCGUCGUCGGUGGACACGGUGGCCAUGGCGGCGGCGGGUGCGGUGGCGGCGGCGGCGGCGGUGGUGGAGGCGGUUGCUGCGGCGGCGGCGGUGGCUGUGGUGGUGGUGGUGGUGGCGGCGGCGGCGGCGGCUGUUAGACUUGCCGGAUCUUGCGAUGGCUUUGCAUGGACAGUGAUGGCUGCUUGGUCAUUGUAAGGUAGUCUUGUGAUCUCUCCUGUGUUUGGCCUGAUGUUAAUCUUAGGAAAUUUUUGUUACAAAUAUUUGUGUCAGUUUGUAGAGAUUUUGAUCAAUGCUAAUGGAUUUUGACAUCUUGUCAUCUGUUCAUGAGGUCAACAAAAAACAGAAUCCUUGUGUAAACUAGGGGCUUAGGGGUUUGUAGUUCUGAAUGUGUUCAUGAGGUCAACAAAAAACAGAAUGCUUGUGUAGGGGCUUAGGGAUUUGUAGUUCUGAAUGUGUUCGCUAGAUUGUGACUUUUAAGUGCUUUACAGUUUGUCGUCAGGAUAUUUCAAAAUGUGACAAAUCAGACUUUAUCGC